AUGGCACCGACAAUACCAACGACGCAGAUCGCCGCAUGGCUCGAGAAGCCCCAGCCUGGCGCGCGGCUUCAACUCAGGAAUGAUAUUGAGGUGCCAUCCCCCAAAGAAGGCGAGGUGCUCGUGAAACUGGAAUAUACCGGCUUCUGCAUCUAUGGUGAAACGCCCAUGAGUACCGACAUCGCGGGCCACGAAGGUGUAGGGCAUGUGGUGGCUCUUGGACCCAAUGUCCCCGGGGAGCUAAUGAAUGUCAGGCUCGGGAUCAAGUGGUUGUACAGCACAUGCGAUACGUGCGAGAUAUGUGCCAUCAAUCCCACCGCCUGUCCCAACCAGAUUAACGCAGGACGGAACACAAGAGGCACCUUUCAACAGUAUAUCGUUACCCCUGUCAAGCAUGCCACCAGGAUACCGUCGGGACUGAAGUCUGAGAUUGCUGCUCCUUUGCUUUGCGCCGGCUUGACCAUGUAUUCGGCGGUGGCAAAAGCAAGGCUGCGCCCAGGAGACUGGGUUCUGAUUCCGGGUGCGGGAGGAGGACUAGGGCAUAUCGGUGUCCAGAUAGCCGCCAAACGCGGAUACAGAGUGAUUGCCAUCGACGCUGGGGAGUCCAAGAGGGAACUGUGCACGAAGCUCGGAGCAACUGUUUUCCUCGAUUUCAGGACAGAUUCCAUUGAAGAGGAGGUGAAACGCCUAACCAACGGAUACGGGGCUCAUGCCGCCAUCGUCCCGGUCGGAAGUGACGCUGCGUAUGAUCAAGCACUGAAGCUGCUUCGAAAUCUUGGUACUCUGGUGUGCAUAGGUUUGCCCAAGUCUGGGUUGGGACUUCCGAUCUCGCCGUUCAUGAUGUGUGUCAGAAGUCUCAAUAUAGUAGGAUCUUCAGUCGGGACAGCGCAGGAGAUGGAUGAGUUGCUUGAGAUGGCUGUCAAGGGAGAGGUGAAGCCCGAGAUCUCCGUACUUGAGUUCGAUCAGAUCAACGACAUCAUGGGAAAGCUUGAGAGGUUCGAGAUUGAAGGGAGAGUCGUUCUGAGACUCCCUGAGUGA